CUUGCAUAAAUGCUCAGCACAGCUGAGAUGAUGAUCAGACGCACCAAAUUGUAGAGCUGAGUUUUGCGCCCGUACUUGUCGCACAGUUACUUUCGGUUUACGUAAGCGUGCUGUUCUACCUUGGAGAGAGAGAAAGUCCGCAGCUGUCAUUAGAUUCCCCAAUCAGCAGAAUUGACAGCAGGUGUGAAUUCAUGUCUGUAUUUCCCGCGCAGAUAUAUACUGCCCAGUGUUGUGCUCGGCCAAAAUAUGACUGAGGUGAUGAUCACCAGCUCCCCCAUGGAGGACAUGAGGCUCAGCCCUAGCAAGGACAGACUCUCUUUCCAGAUAUUCCCUGACCCAUCAGACUUUGACCGUUGCUGUAAGCUCAAAGAUCGGUUGCCAUCCAUCGUUGUUGAGCCUACCGAGGGAGAAGUCGAGAGUGGGGAGCUUCGCUGGCCUCCAGAGGAGUUUCUGGUCAGUGAAGAAGAAGAAGAGGAGCAGGAUAAUGGCAGCAUCCAAAAUGGACAGCCAACACAGAAAUCUCAGCACUAGAGGCUGUGUGGCAGCACCCAUACUCUAUUUUUCCCUCCCAUUGCCACACUGGUUACACUGCACCACAGCACUCAAACAACCUGGCAGACACACAUUCAGUGUCUCAUGUUGCCAUCUCGUUGCCCUUGAACCCAAAACAUCACUCCCGUGAGAGAAGCAAUACACACCGGCAACACACUUUCUCACCAAAUAAUUUCACCACAAAGGAACAGACAAGCACACCCCCAACCUACGCUAACUUCCUACCAUGCCUACCACCGUGUGUCUCGGCUCAUGACGGAUGUCCUGUGGGGACAGCGGCAGAUCAGUGCUCCAUGGACAGCUCUUACACUGCAGGGGGCUACAACUGCUCUGUACUUGACUCCAAAAUGGCUGGCAUCAUGACCCCAGAGACUUCAUACAGAACUGUUGUGGUACCUGUGGGGCUUAUCGUCCGCAGUAACACUGUCCGUACCUUGUUAGUUUCUGGAUUGAUAUGUUGAUUGUUGUAAUUGCCACUGCUGUCCAUAGAUUUUGUCUUUCUGAGAAGUGAAUGUUUUGUGAUUUUUUUGUAUGAAGUGGGUGUUAUGUGUAAUGUAAUCGGGAUUUCUCUUGGCUCCCCUGUCUAAAAGAUUUUUGUGACUUAUGUCAGGCAUUCACAGUAUAAAAUAAAUAAAUGAAUAAAACUCUUAAAGGCAAUGUGGAAUUGUUUAAGAGAAGUGAGCAGGAAAGUAAACCAGCAUGCCCUGCUAAUGCAAUAAAUUCAUUGUACAAAGGCUUUUUGUGCAGUGAGGGCACAGUCACGCUAGGACUUCUGUGAGCCUUUUGACAAACCGUACUUGAUGACAAAUCAGUAGUACAAGAUCUGAUGCAAGCAGGUUUAUUGUUUAAAGGGCAAAGCUGAGUAUUGUAAAUUAAAAAAUUAAUGAAGCACUGUACAGACCAAUGAAGGAUUUGUAACUACUUGUUCCCAAUGAGCCAACCCCUGAGGCCAUGUAGUGCGUUGAUCUGGUUUGUACUAUGGUUUUAUAUAUUUUUUUUUUUUUCUUUUUGUUGAAGACUGAGAAUUUCUUUGAGCUGUACACCCCUGAACUGAAAGUUGGUCCUAGUCUUUUUGCAAAACCGCCAUACUUUUGACACAGUGAAGUUCAGGUCGCAGAAAAUUCACUCUGUAGGACAGAGUUCGCACGUAAGGUUAUAUUUAACAGUAUUAAACUUGUUCCUUAUAUUAAAGUCUGGUUUGCCAAAAUGCGGUUAAUGGGAAGUCUUUGUUCUGUUGGUAGUAAUGUCUGGUAUUUGUUCUGCAAUUUCAGAAGUUGGUGUCUUUUUGUUCCCUCUUUAAAAUCACCACUUACUGUUUGUGAAACAAGUCUUGUCAUUUGUAGAAACAAUUUCACAUUUGUGUAGACUUUGAAAUCCUGUUGUACAAGCAUGAUUGAGAAUAUUUCUGUUUUUGUACGUUCUGAUUUGAGUGGCAUUAGGGCUGUGUACAGAACAUCUCUCUUUCUCCUGUCUGUAACUUCCACGUCCCAUUGUUUUUGUAAAGCUCAGGGAGAUUAGCCGCCAUCUUUCUUUUAGUUUAUUUUGUAUUUAGACCACUUUUUUCUCUGACAAUUACAGAGGCUGUAAAUAAACAUUUGAAUUUGCUAUCC